GUCUCUGACUCCCCAUUAAUGUUCAAGUCAUAAACUGUGAGAAACCUUUGCAAACCCAAAUUGUUUUUCAUCAGAAACUGCUGUUGUUGAGGCAAAAAUCAGAUAAAUUUUGAUGUUGCCUGUGCUGGGUUCAAUGGCUUCUUGAUUGCUCAUUUUAGGGGGGUUUGGAGGCAAAAAUUGAGUACUUUCAUUUGAGGGCAACCCAAUAAUGGCUCUUUCAAGCUUGUUCACCACUUUGCUAAUUGGGCUGCUAUUAUCAAGGUCUCAACUUGUGAUUGCUCAACUCUCUCAUGAUCAGACCAUAUUGGUAUCAGUUGGCAAGGAGCUUGGAGUUUCUGGGUGGGGUCUCAAUAGCUCAGAUUACUGCUCUUGGCCUGGGAUUGGUUGCAGCUCAAACAAUUCAAUGGUGGAGAGGCUUGUGCUCUCUCAUCGAGGUCUCCAAGGUAAUGUCACUCUAAUUUCUGAGCUCAAAGCAUUGAAAUGGCUUGACCUUUCAUAUAACAACUUGGAUGGAUCAAUUCCACCUGCUUUUGGGAAUUUAUCUCGGCUUGAGUUUCUCGAUUUAUCUGCUAACAAGUUUGGAAGUUCUAUUCCUAUUGAGUUGGGGAGCCUCAGAAACCUUAGAGCAUUGAACCUUUCUAAUAAUUUGCUCACAGGAGAAAUACCUGAUGAGCUUGAGGGCCUAGAGAAUUUACAAGAUUUUCAAAUCUUUACUAAUAGAUUGAUUGGUUCUAUCCCAAUGUGGGUGGGGAAUUUGACAAAUCUGAUAGUUUUUACUGCCUAUGAGAAUGGAUUUAGUGGUAAAAUUCCGGAUAAUUUAGGCUUGGUUUCAGAACUCCAGUUGUUGAACCUUCAUUCAAACCAGCUUGAAGGGUCAAUACCAGAGAGCAUAUUUUCCACGGGAAAGCUAGAAUUUUUGGUUCUAACCCUGAAUCAAUUGGCCGGAAAUCUUCCUGAAUUGAUUGGCAAUUGUAGAGGCCUUUCCAGUAUUAGAAUUGGGAAUAACAAGUUCAUAGGAAGCAUUCCCAAAGCAAUUGGAAAUGUUAGUAGCCUCACAUACUUUGAAGCGGACAACAACAAUCUCUCCGGGGAGAUUGUCUCAGAGUUUUCACAGUGCUCCAAUCUCACUCUUCUGAAUUUGGCCUCAAAUGGGUUUACUGGAACGAUUCCUCCCGAGUUUGGUCAGCUUACUAAUCUGCAAGAAUUUAUUGUUUCUGGUAAUAGUCUCUUUGGAGAGAUUCCAACAUCAAUUCUGAGGAGCAAGAAUCUUAACAAGCUUGAUUUAAGCAACAACAGAUUCAAUGGCACCAUUCCAGAAACUAUCUGCAAUACAUCUAGAUUGCAGUACCUGCUCUUAGGUCAAAAUUCAAUACGAGGUGACAUACCCCAUCAAAUUGGGGACUGCGUAAAACUCCUUGAAUUGCAAAUGGGUAGUAACUAUCUAACCGGAAGCAUCCCUCCUGAGAUUGGUCAUAUAAAGAACUUGCAGAUAGCACUAAAUUUGAGCUUCAAUCAUCUCCAUGGAGUAUUGCCCCCCGAUUUAGGAAGGCUCGACAAGCUGGUUUCAUUGGAUGUUUCUAACAAUCAGCUCACCGGAACAUUCCACUUGCACUGA